AUGCAUUGGAGUUUGGCCAAUUUAGACAUCUGGUGGUCAGGACAUAGAUGGCUUUCGCUCGACAGGGAUCAGUGGCCACAAAGCAGUGCAUCAAUUCAGCCAAUCGAGGUACCUGAGAAAAAAUCUAAAGCAUAUAUUCUACGUUUUGUAAGAAAUACAAGAAAGAUCAAUGGAUCUCUGAAGUCUUCAACAGUUGCGUCAAAAGAAGUAAGUUGCAUUAUUCCACCAAUUACAGUCAAUGAGCAACAUAAUGCAACGUUAUUACUUGUAAAGUUAAUUCAGAGCACUUACUACGCAAAGGAACUUAUUUCAUUCAGCAAACAGGGUGUUAUAAACAAAAACAGUCCUAUCUUAAGGCUAAAUCCGUUCAUAGAUGAUGCAGGUGUCUUAAGAGUAGGAGGACGAUUAGAGGCAUCAAGUCUAUCAUAUGCAGCCAAACAUCCUAUAUUGUUACCCGGUCACCAUCCAUUUUCACAUCUAAUAAUUAGUCAUGAACAUGAGAAGAAUUUUCAUGCUGGUGCUCAAGCCACGUUAGCAGCCACACGUCAAAGAUAUUGGAUGACAUCUGCACGAAACAUUGUGAGGCAAAUUGUCCAACGAUGUAUAACUUGCUUCAGAAGCGCUCCAAAGCCUGCCUCAACUAUUAUGGGUAAUUUACCCAGCUCGCGUAUAACCACGUCUCAUCGAGUUUUUGAAAGAUGCGGAGUAGAUUACGCUGGACCCCUUUAUCAUAAGGAAGGUAUGAGAAAAAACACGAAACUGAUAAAGUGUUAUAUGGCAGUUUUCGUAUGCAUGGCAACCAAAGCUGUGCACCUUGAGUUGGCAAUCGAUCUAUCAUCCAAUGCCUUUUUAAAUGUAUUCAAACGUUUCAUUGCCAGAAGAGGAUGUCCAUCUGAGAUCUUUUCUGACAAUGGUCUCAAUUUCGUCGGAGCAGAAAGAGAAUUGAAUGAGCUAUCAGCUCUGCUCACUGAUAAGAAAACACAGCAACAAGUAUCAGAUCAAGCUUCUAAGCAUGGCAUACAAUGGCACUUUAUUCCACCUCGCGCUCCACACCAUGGAGGACUCUGGGAAGCUGCGGUCAAGUCGGCAAAGCAACAUUUAAGGAAAGUAACAAAGGAUGCCCAUUUGAGAUUCGAAGAACUGGAAACGCUUCUUAUACAAAUCGAAGCCAUCUUGAACUCACGUCCAAUAACGCCAUUAUCUUCUGAUCCAAGAGACUUAAGAGUUCUAAUUCCUGGUCAUUUUAUCAUAGGAUCACCAUUGACAGCAUAUCCAGAAGAAUCGAUCGAUGCUAUACAAAUGAAUCGUCUCUCACGAUGGCAACACGUUCAACGAUUGAAGCAACACUUUUGGAAACGUUGGACGCGAGAAUAUUUGCAUCAACUCCAACAAAGAAGCAAGUGGAAGACGGAGGAGUCAACCAUCAAAAUAAGUCAAAUGGUGAUUUCAAUUGAAGACAAUCAACCACCAUUAUCGUGGGUUUUAGGCAGAAUACAAGAUGUUCAUAUCGGUGAUGAUGGAAUAGGCCGUGUAGCUACAGUCUAUACUACCAAGGGAACUUACAAACGUCCAAUUACGCGAUUAUGCUUGCUUCCCAUAGAACUGAAUGAUCUAUAA